AUGAAAAUGAAAGUUGCCCAAGCGGCGGAAUGCGCCCGCGCGGCGGAGUUGCGAGCGCAAGUCGCGAAGCACACCGCGCUGGAACAAGCCGCGAGGAGAGAUGCGCGUGCGCAUACACACAAACUGCUGGAGGAAAUCAAAUCAAAGGAGCGGGUGAUCAUACAAUUGAAGAGAGAGGCGGCGCGGGCGUCUAAUGAUCAGGGACAAAAAAUUAAUACAACAUUAUCAAGUGCGGUCGCGGUCCGUUGCACCGGCUUAAUAGACCCGGAGUUCAGACCGAUUCCAGUUGCCGCGGAGUGCGCACGCGCGUAG